AUGGGCGCACGUGUUAACCGCCCCGUAGUGGGCGUCCCUGCGGUAGUGCGACCGGAAGUGUGUAACGCCGUCCAAGCGACAUCGAUCAUGAAGUACCUGCUGACCUAUCCCACACACUUUGAACACGACUUUACGAGGCAGAGCGUAUGUGAAAUCCCCGUGCAGCUGGUCAUGAAGAACGCGUCUGGACACGAUACCAUACACGUCUGUGUCAACUUCUUACCGCCGAGUGCCACCCAAGGAGAGGGCGCUGAGCUGACUGUACCGGUUACGUCCCGUUUUGCUUGGGUGAAUAAGUCGAUUUCAACGUGCACAAUACCAGCCGAUUCCAGCGUCACGACAGAAACGGUGGUUACGUGCGUCACGCCUGGGGUGUACGACCUAACCCGUCUACGACUAACGGCCAGAGUUCGCGACGAGGAGGUGUUUGUUGUGCAGCCCACACCUGGGCAGUACCUGGUCACAGUGACGCCUAAACUAGACUAGCCUAUGUAGAUUUAGAAGUUAAUAUAGAGCCUAAUAAAGAAAAGCGGU